AUGGCGCGCGUCCUCCCGCUCAGCGUCGAGGCGGGGGAGAUGGCCAGAGGCGAAGAGGCAGUGGCAGGCAUGCCAAGGUCUUCAGCUGGGGCGUCAUGCACAACAGUUGACCAUUCUGAGCAGAACACAAAGGAUGACGAAUAUGCGAGGCUGGUUACACGGGCUCAACAUGCAACAUCUGAUGUUGGCACGGCAAUUUUAUCUGAGCAACCAAAGUCAAGAUCUUUCAUUUGGUGGAUGAAAGUUCUGCUUGGCUGCUUCCUUCUUAUAUUAGUGGGUUAUGUCUUCGUGAAAUGGGGAGUCCCCUUUGCCUUCGAGAAGGUUCUCUUGCCAAUCAUGCAAUGGGAAGCAAGUGCUUUUGGGCGUCCAGUAUUAGCUGUUGUUCUCGUUGCAUCUUUGGCUCUCUUUCCAGUUAUUCUAGUCCCUUCUGGACCUUCUAUGUGGUUAGCAGGAAUGAUCUUUGGAUAUGGUUGGGGUUUCUUGAUUAUAAUGGUCGGGACUACUAUUGGCAUGGUGGUACCGUAUUGGAUUGGCUCAUUAUUCCGUGAACGUCUGCAUGUAUGGUUAACAAAAUGGCCUCAGCAGAUAGCAUUAAUAAAACUUGCGGGUGAAGGGAAUUGGUUCCAGCAGUUUCGGGUUGUUGCACUUUUCAGAAUCUCGCCAUUCCCAUAUACAAUUUUUAAUUAUGCCGUGACUGUGACAGAAAUUAAGUUCAACCCUUAUCUGUGUGGUUCUGUUGCUGGAAUGGUACCUGAGGCCUUCAUCUAUAUCUACAGUGGACGUUUAAUACGUACAUUGGCUGACAUGAAGUACGGCAACUAUAAAAUGACACCAGUGGAAAUAGCAUACAACGCCAUUUCCUUCGUCAUCGCUAUCGUCCUCACAGUCAGCUUCACGGUGUACGCCAAGAGAGCUCUGAAUGACAUAAAAAGUUCGGACGGUAUCAGCAAGGAAGAAGAUCAUGGCCCAAAUGGCUCAGGGGCACGUAUGAGUCAUCGUCAGGAGCGUGCCGAUGUACGUUCCAUAGAACUAGAUGUUGCGAGCGAGUUGGGGAGCACACGGCCGUGGAGCUUUACAGCAUUUGGGCUGGACAGUAAGCGGUUGCCUAGGCCGCGCAGUCCUCUGGGCCAGUGUCCAUCAUCAGUGCGUCUGGCUGUGGCCUGCAGGAAAUGGAAAUCCACGGCGUAG